UAAAGACAUACUUUGGAUCAAGUUUAGCCAUCAAUAGGCUUCUUCUUCCUGAGACCAAUCGCGGACGUCAUUCCUUGGUUUGAAGAUGGCGGAUUCUAAGUUGUAUGAUUUAUUAGGUGUGGGUAGAAAUGCAUCUGAAGUUGAAAUUAAAAAGGCAUACAGAAAGUUGGCAAAGGAAUUUCAUCCCGACAAGAAUCCAGAAGCUGGGGACAAAUUCAAAGAGAUUUCAUUUGCUUAUGAAGUAUUGUCUGAUCCCAAGAAACGUUCCACAUAUGACAGAGUUGGGCUGAAGGGCAUGCAAGAAGGUGCCCAUGAAGGACAAGGCUUUUCUUCAGAUGAUUUGUUCUCACAGAUAUUUGGUGGUGGCCUGUUUGGUAUGGGUAUGGGGCCUGGUAUGAGAGGCAGAAGACGUCACAGAGGAGAGGAUACCAUACACACACUAAAGGUCUCCCUAGAAGAUCUGUACAAUGGUAAAACAUCCAAAUUGCAGCUUAGUAAGAAUGUCAUCUGUACAAGUUGUGGUGGGAAAGGAGGAAGAGGAGGUACAACACAUACAUGCCGAACAUGUGCUGGUUGUGGUUUUAAAGUUACCUACAGACAGUUGGGACCUGGAAUGACGCAGCAACUGCAGUCAAGAUGUCCAACAUGUAGUGGUGAAGGUGAGGUCAUACACGAGAAGGAUCGCUGUGUAGCAUGCAGGGGUAAAAAAGUUGUGAAUGAAACAAAAAUACUAGAAGUCCAUGUUGAUAAGGGAAUGAAGGAAAGUCAGAAAAUAUACUUUCGUGGAGAAGGGGACCAACAGCCUGAUGUUGAACCAGGGGAUGUAAUUAUAGUUCUUCAACAAAAACCACACGAUAAAUUCCAACGAAAUAAUGAUGAUCUAGUUAUGACCCAUGCACUUUCUCUUACUGAAGCUCUCUGUGGCUUUGAGAUGACACUUAAACAUCUUGAUGGGCGUGAUCUUGUCAUAAAGCAUCCUCCAGGACAGGUUAUUAAACCAGGUGAUGUUAAGGGUAUUGAAAAUGAAGGAAUGCCACAGUACAGAAAUCCCUUUGAAAGGGGAAACUUAUACAUAAAGUUUGAUGUAUUGUUCCCAAGCAAUAAUUUUGCAAAUGAAGUAACAUUGAAGGAACUGGAAAAAUUGUUACCAGCACGACCUACAUUCCACAUACCUCAAGGAGAGCACGUAGAAGAAGUUGAUCUCAAUGAGUAUGAUCCAAAUGACCGCAAUUCGGGAGGAUCAGGAAGACAAGAAGCCUAUGCAAGUGAUGAUGAUGAGUAUGGUUCUGGUUCUGGAGGCAUUCAAUGUGCCCAUCAAUGAAGAUCUCAAAAAUGUCUAUAGAAUCAAAUUGCCAUUGCAGCAAAGUUGAUUCUAUUGUGACUUGAUUGAAACUUUGUGUGCAUGGUGUGAUUGAGAAAUGUUAAUGUAAAAUCUUAUCAAAUGAACUAUGUACACACAGAAUUUGGUGAACUGCCAUCCAUUAGGCAGUGUAAUUAAAUGUAACUCUUUUAAAAA